UUUCAGGAUGGUGUUGGUCCUGAAUGGUGUUCUGCAGGAAGAAUGUCCUGCGGAUUCGAGAGCCCUCUACCACACGCAUCCUGUGUAUAUGGAGACAGCGGCUCAACUGCUGGCGGUCCCUAAUAAAAUUGUUGGUCCUGUAGGGUUGCUGUAUGUUCAGCAGAGAGAGUUAGCUGCAACGGUACCACACGACAAAAAUGUCAGCAUACUUGGAGCAGAUGACGUGACGACGUGUCUGAUAGUCGUGGUAAGGCAUUCAGGUUCGGGAGCAGUGGCAAUGGCCCACUUAGACGGUUCAGGCACAGACGAGGCUGUUUGCACCAUGGUCCAAAGAGUACAAGAAUUAGCACUAGGAUAUCCUGAAGGAAGGAUAGAGUUACAACUUAUCGGAGGCUUUAAUGACCCUAGGCAUUACUCGGAUGAGAUCUUCUUCAAUGUGAUGAACUCUUUCCAUAAACAGCCUGUAGAGAUCGAUCUAACCCUAGCUUGUGUUGGCGAACAAAACACCACCAUCAGAGGAGGAAUACAUUGGCCAAUCAUUUACGGAGUUGGAGUUAAUGUGAAGACUGGAGAAAUAUUUCCAGCUACUUUCCCAGACAAAGGGCCUGACCAAGCACUGAGGUUCGCUAGAUACCUCACGGGUGUUCCACAGGUGUUGGACAUUUAUGACUGCACAUUAGGAAUGCUCAGAAUAGGACCCUUCAACUACGAACCCUUACGAGGUGUGGACCUGUGGUUAGAACAAACUGAUGAUUUUAUUUUGCAACACCUGUCUACAUCUCCAGAGGUACAACCACCACAUUUUGUCAUGCAGAUGAGAGCCACGUUGAAAUACAUCCAAGACAAUCAGUUCCCAGCAGUAACUGUCUUUAGGGAUAAUCGUCCACAUUACUACAGGCGGGACGAACAUUCAGGAACUUGGGUGCCAGUUAGAUAUUAGGUUAGUUUUAAAACAUCUAUCUCAGAUAAAUAUAUAUUAUACUAUUUUAAUUUCAUGUCCUAUGGGGCAUAGUUAGUAAAUUGUAAAAUGUGAUAUUUUUAAGGAACAGUUGCAUCAUUGUUGCUAUAUUAAUGGUAAUGAUUUUUUUUAAGAUUAUUCCACAACAAACCAUUGGUCUUGCUUGGGAUACAUUAAAAUGAUACUUCGUUCAAGAAUCGGAUGGUUGUCUUAACUAAAAGAAAUAUUACAUUCCGCAGUGCGGAGUUCAUUGUCAUAUGUUUAUAAAAGAAAGGUUCAUGCUAAGGUUGUGUCGACUUUGAUGUGUUACAGAUAUUUGGACUUAGGUCUAAGAUGCUGUUUUUUGUGCACAGUCUUUCGGUUGCUGGAUAUUCUUAUCAGAGUUGCUAAAAGUAUGUUGGAGUUGCACCAGAUUUGACGUAAAUUAUUGCACAUCUUGAAAAAAUUGAAAUUUUGUUGACACAUGAAAGCUUGGCAAUACUGAUACAACCGUGUUAGUAUGUUUUUAUGUCUUUGAUGAAAAUGAGGUCUGAUGCGCAAAAAUUUACUACAGUUAUUUGUAAUUUUAUAUAUCUUGUUGUGUAUGUUGCGUUUAUGCAUCUUUAUCAUUUAUAUGCUGUAAGUUUGUUAGCUUAUUUGGGUUGUUGAUUUUUUUCAAAUAAAUUGUUCGUUCGAAA